UCCAAGGCUGGCAGAUGGGAGUGGGGGAUGGGGCAGGACACCAACAUGCAAAACACCCACCAACAGCUGAUCAGGACGACUUCGGGGAGACCAGGGCAGGACACGCAGCUCCAGGCUCCAGUGACGACCACAGGGCUGCUCAAGUUUCUGGCAGACACCUCGCAGGCUGAGCAGUGGAGGCUUGGGAGUGGUGAUGGUGUAAUUCAGGGCCAGCAGCUGAGGUCUCGGAGUGCAGGACAGACGGCAAAGAAGGACCGGAAACCCAAGGCCCGGGACAGGAAAGAACAUGGCUCUGCUGAGGCUGAAGAUCUCAUCCCCUCUACUCCUCGGAAACCCUCCUUCCCCUUCCAGUGGGCCUGGGAGAGCUUCUUCACUGAUGGUCAGACCCUGCUUCGGUCUGGCCACCAAGCCCUCCCCUUGCCCCGAGCAGUCAUCCAGCUCAAGGCCAGGCUCAAGUCCACAGCUGCCCACCCAGAUGCCCACAGCUUCCGCUGGAAGACAGAGGUGCCAAACCUGGAGAGGACCCAACAGCUCAGGGCCUGGGGCUGGAUCCCCAUCCCUUCUGGCAAAGGGGAGAGCCAAGAACUGAAAGCCCCCAGUGAGUGUGACCUCCAGCCGCCUGGGAAGAGGUCAGGCUCAGGAUCGGAGUCUGAGGAGGGUGCCGAGCUGGAAGCCUUGGGUGCUGAGGAGGCCGAGAGGGAUAUGAGUCCUGGCGAACUGCCCCAGCUCCUCAAGAAGGGGUCGUUCUUGGAAGAGGAGUGCUUUGCAGAGGUGACAGAGGAAGCCGAGGAGGGGGAGAACAGGGCCACCCGUAGAAGGAAGGCUGGUUCUCAGAGAAAGGGGCAGAGUUCUGGCGAGGACACCUUGGAUGAGGGUGACCCACAGCACAAGAGCAGCAGCUCCAGCUCCGGCCUCCGAGGGCUGCAGAGGAGGAAGUCAAAGACCAAGGAGCUGGAGGAGCCAUGGGGCCUGGAGAAGCUAAAGAGGCAGUUACAGCAAGAGUUGGACUGUGGCCCUGAAAAGCAGCCUUGGAAGGCUUUGCGGGCUGCUGUCCAGGCCUCCAACCGGAGGGGGAAGACCUACCCCUUGGGAGAUGAAGAGACUUUCCUGUCUGCCAACUUUCCUAACCGUACCUUCCACAAACGACAGGAGGCCACCAGAAGCCUGUUGCAGGCCUGGGAGCGGCAGCAGCAGGAGGAGCAGCAGCGGGCCCAACUGCGGAGGGCCCGGGAGCAGCGAGUACAGCAGCAGGUGGCUCGCUGCCUGGCGGCCUAUGCGCCCAAAGGGAGCCAGGGGCCGGGGGCCAUCCAGCGCAAGCUGGAGGAGCUGAGGCGCCAGGAACGGCAGCGCUUUGCUCAGUACCAGGCAGAGUUGAAGGACAUCCAGCACAGGGUGCAGGCCCGGCCCUACCUGUUCCAGCAGGCCAUGCAGGUCAAUGCCCGGCUCACGGUGACUCGUCACUUCUCCCAGGUGCUGUCAGCACUGGGACUCAAUGAAGAACAGCUGCUAGCCGAAGCAGGCAAGGGGAACGCAGAGGGCAGCUCCAGGAAACCCAGGAGCCACAGGUCAAUGGGGGUGAAAAUGGAGCACUCUUCUGAAAGCUCCCCAAAGACAGAAACCGCUGGAAGCCAGCCCAACAGGCACUCCACUCCAAGCCCAGACCAAGAGGAUAAUGAUUAAAUGCUUUGUGGAAACA